AUGUUUUUCUUUCGGCGUUCUAAUGUCAAGCCCCCGCCACGCCCCUCGCGAGCACCGUCCUUUGCAUUACCUAAGCGCCAUUCGCCCGUGCUGUUGAAGCCCUCGCAUCAACACGAUCAGCUACCAUUUUUGAGACGCUCUCGGUUCAGCGCCUUGCCGCACUUUCGCGCCUACGAGGAUGAGCCGGAGAGCCUUUCCUUGUUCAUUGCCAUUCUCUAUGUGGUGGACCUGUUUGGUAUCUUCCCGGUUUUGACGCUGCCCUCACUGCUGGUUCGCUUGGGUUACUUUGGCUUGCUCCUAGUCUUAUCCAUCAUCUUUCUGCAAAUGUACACAUCCUUUCUGCUGUCGCAAUGCUGGACUAUGGCCGAGUAUUUGGAUCCCUCAAUACUGCAGAAACGCAACUACCCAUAUGCUGCACUCGCAGAGCUGGCCUAUGGACCCUAUGUGAGCCUGUUGGUAUCGGUGCUGCUGGACCUGAGCAUCUUUGCCAUGGCUGUGCCCAGCAUUGUCAUGGCUGCCGAGAAUCUGGAGGCCGUCGUGCUCCGCAUGAGCGCUGGCCAAUACAGUUUCUCCUACUGCUAUUGGGCCAUUGUUGUGGGUCUCGUUAUCUGUCCACUCAUGUGGCUUGGCAGUCCCAAGCACAUGCGCGGCCUGGCCAUUAUAGCCGCUUGUGUAUUGAUUAUAAUUGUGGGGCUGCUCUGGUAUUGCCUGCUCGAUGCGGCUGCGAUUGGAGCGCCGUUUCAAGGAAUCUCGAUGGAGCUACCUGGUUUUCUGACCAUCCUGAGCAGCUACAGCAUUCUGGCCUUCCAGUUCGACAUACAUCCCAUGCUGCUCACGCUGCAAAUCGAUAUGAAACGCAAAUCGCAAGUGUCCUGGGCGGCGCUCGUUGGCAUUGCCAUCACUUGCAGCGUGGCCAUUGUUGGUGCCAUCAUAGCCGCCUACAAGUUCGGUGCCCUGGUUGCCAGCAAUCUGCUGCAGUCGCUUCCCACCAGUGUGCCCUUCUAUGUGAUGCUGAUACUGAUGUCGCUGCAGCUGUGCUUCUCGGUGACUGUCGCCAGCUCGGCCAUGUUUCUGCAGAUCGAGAACUUCUUCAAGUUGCCCGAGUCUCUUUCCUGCAAACGCAUUCUCAUACGUUCCUGUGUGCUGGCCCUGGAGGUGCUGGUGGCCGAGUUUGUGCCCAGUUUUGAUACGCUCAUGGAUGUGGUUGGUGGCACUAUCACCGGUCCCUUGGUGUUUAUUCUGCCGCCCUUGCUGUACCGUCGCAUACGGCGCAUGGAGCGCGUGCAUCAGCGGAUUGCUGCCGAGGCCAGCUAUGGCAGCCUGCCGCUGGAUCUCAACUACGAUCCCAUUGAGCUGGAAAUGGAGCCGCUUUUGGUGGCGGCCAAGCCGCAUACAACGCAAGGCUGUUGGUUGCGUCUGGUGCGUCUGUUGCAUCGCUUGGAAUGCGACAUAUCCUGCACCAUGGGCGUGUUGAUAUUUGGUUUAUUGGCCACAUUUCUGUCCACCUAUCUAAAUUUGUUUACCCUUGCGGAUCUGUUCAAGAACAAUUCGCCCUGCCUGAGCAAUCUAACGGCGCAUUAG